AUGAGCAACACUAAGCCGUCGAAUUGCUGUGAACUUUCGGUCUGGUCAAGUAUGAUAGCCGCAAAACGCAGCGACGAGACCGAAAGCGAACGGCUCGCAAAAGAAUACCGACAGAUUGCAUGCCUCCUUGCUGCGAGCGCAACUCAACGAGAACGAAUCGACUCUAUCCAUCCUGUCAAGGAUACGGGUGUCGCGUCUUUGCCUAUCCUGUCCCAAGUGGUAGCACAGCAUUUAUUGCGAAAUGACCACCCAGGAUUUGUGCCGCUGCUUAUGUUGCAGCAAGAUGGACUGCAGGGUAACGAUGAUUCUCACACGAGUCCAGACGGACAAAAUGAAAUGAAUCCGGCCGAGCAUCAGGAUACGUCACGACAUCUCGUCGCCGACCGCAGUAGUCAUCUUUCAACAGACGUAUACCUUCCUUGCUGUCACAAUUGCGGCGGAGCUUUGCAGCCCGGGCUUUUACGGACAACAGUGCGGUUAGUAACGCACAAAACUUUAACCCGAGCUCAGCGUCGGAGAUUGAAGCGUGCGCAAGCUCUCGCCAAACAGGCACCUACCCGACAACAUCAGUAUCAUACGAACACCAGGCCCAGUGUAUUGGCUGACUUUAUUCAACGAGAUUCAUCACAAGUACCUUGGGACGUUCGCAACUACUUAAGCAUUAAAUGUGGAGGAUGUCAUUCCCUUUCAUAUGCUGUUGGAGUCCCCCGGAGAAGGAAGCGAGCCGCGCCGAAAGACACACCCAAGCGUGCUUUCUUGGUAUCAGCAAACUACGACAAGAAAUCGGCACCGAAGAAACGGCAAGAAACCGGGGACGAUUUUAUUGCCCUGGGCAGUCCAAGCUUGACAAGCAACCCAAUCGGUGAUCCACGGAUGGGAGGGAAUCGACAAAGGUUGGACCGAGCUGGAGGAAAAAAGAAAAAGCCGACUAGGCUUAUGAAUUUUCUAUCUUCCCUUAACGACCAUUGA